CUCAUCCCUCUCUCUCCCCCCUCCCCCUCUUCUCUCUCAUGCCGCCUCCUUCUAUCACAUUCAUGCCAUACCCCAAGCACGCUCCUCCUAUGGCCUCCUCCACCUCAACCCUCCUGUCUUCCAACCCUAGGGUUUUCUCUUCCAUCAUCUCCGAUCAUCACCAUCAUCACUCUCCUCUCUCUCAAUGUCCCGCCGUCCCCAAAUCCUUCAGUGGCCUCUGCAAACCUUUCCAUUCUCGAGUUCCCACUUCGAUUCGUCGUCGAGGCUUCUUCGUCAAGGCUACGGUUAUAAAGUGGCGAUGUCCAAAGCAAAUUCUCCCGCCCAACUGUGACACUGAUUUCCAAAAGAAAGUCCUGUAUCUAGAGUCCAUUGGUAUUGACUCUUUCUCACUUAUUGAAAAUCAUCCCACUGUGAUCUCUGCCUCCUCUCUUCCUGAUAUAAAAUCCACUGUGGAAUUCAUGACAUCCAUGGAUUUCUCUGCAAUUGAGUUCCGACGAAUUGUGGGCAUGUGCCCAGAGAUUCUUACCUCCAGAGUAUCAGAUAUCUUACCUGUCUUCACCUUCCUUCUCCGUGAAGCUUGUGUGAAUGGUUCAGAUAUCAAGCAUGCCAUAAACCGCCGUCCCAGGUUGCUUGUCUGCAGUGUCACCGAGCAACUUCGUCCCACCCUGUACUUUCUCCAAAGCAUUGGAAUUGAAGAGGUAAACAGGCACACAUACUUACUAUCAUGCAGUGUUGAAGAAAAGCUUAUUCCCAGGAUUGAUUACUUUGAGAAUAUCGGCUUUUCUCGCCGUGAUGCAACUUCAAUGUUUCGAAGAUUCCCUCAGCUGUUUAACUAUAGUAUUAAGAACAACUUGGAGCCUAAAUACAAGUACUUUGUGGUGGAAAUGGGGAGAGAUUUGAAGGAGGUAAAAGAAUUCCCGCAGUAUUUCUCGUUUAGCUUAGAGACUAGAAUCAAACCUAGGCAUAAACGCUGUGUAGAAAUGGGGGUGUGUUUUCCUCUCCCUGUAUUAUUAAAGACAAAUGAAGCGCUAUUUCGUAAUAGAUUAGACGUAUGUGUAAAUUCUUCAACACCCUUGAAAACAUCUCCUUUAUGGUGUUCAAAUUGUGAAGUUUAUUAAAUAUAGGGAAAAAAAUCUCAUUGCAUUGUA